AUGGACACUCAGGACAUAGCGAAAACCGCUUUUAAUGUAGAGCAUGGCCAUUUCGAAUUCCUUCGCAUGCCAAUGGGCCUGAAGAACAGUCCAUCUACGUUCCAAAGAGUUAUGGACAAUGUCUUAAGGGGGCUACAAAAUCAUAUAUGCCUUGUAUAUCUAGAUGACAUAAUUGUGUUCAGUACUUCGCUCCAAGAACAUAUAGUUAACCUAGACAAAGUAUUUAGUAGACUUCGUGAGUCCAACUUUAAAAUUCAAAUGGACAAAUUGGAGUUUCUCAAACAUGAAACGGCUUAUCUCGGUCAUAUUAUCACCAGGGACGGUAUUAAACCAAACCCCGAUAAAAUUUCGGCUGUACAAAAAUACCCUAUUCCAAAGAAUCCAAAAGAAAUUAAACAAUUUUUAGGCCUUCUCGGUUAUUACAGAAAGUUCAUUCCGAAUUUCGCCCGUAUUACUAAACCAUUUACUCAGUGUCUUAAGAAAGGCAAAAAGGUAACAAUAGACAAUAAUUACGUUAACGCUUUCGAAACAUGUAAGUCUCUUUUGACAAACGAUCCCAUCUUGCAAUGUCCAGACUUUACUAAAGAGUUUAACCUAACGACAGAUGCUUCUAACUUUGCCAUUGGUGCCGCAUUGUCACAAGAUCCAAUAGGAUCCGACAAACCAGUCUGUUACGCUUCUCGUACGUUAAACGAAAGCGAAGUUAAUUACAGUACAAUCGAAAAAGAACUUCUCGCCAUAGUGUAG